AUGGACAAUUCGGGGAAGGAAGCGGAGGCGGUGGCGCUGCUGGCCGAGGCGGAGCGCAAGGUGAAGAACUCGCAGUCUUUCUUCUCCGGUCUCUUUGGAGGCUCAUCCAAAAUAGAGGAGGCAUGCGAAAUCUACGCCAGGGCAGCCAACAUGUUCAAAAUGGCCAAAAACUGGAGCGCUGCCGGAAACGCUUUCUGCCAGGCCGCUCAGCUGCACCUGCAGCUCCAGAGCAAGCACGACGCUGCCACCUGCUUUGUGGACGCCGGCAACGCGUUCAAGAAGGCCGACCCCCAAGAGGCCAUCAACUGUCUGAUGAGAGCAAUCGAGAUCUACACGGACAUGGGCCGAUUCACGAUUGCAGCCAAGCACCACAUCUCCAUUGCUGAGAUCUAUGAGACGGAGCUGGUGGACAUCGAGAAGGCAAUCGCCCAUUAUGAGCAGUCAGCAGACUACUACAAAAGCGAGGAGUCCAACAGCUCAGCCAACAAGUGUCUGCUGAAGGUGGCCGGCUACGCCGCCCAGCUGGAGCAGUAUCAGAAGGCCAUCGACAUCUACGAGCAGGUGGGGACCACCGCCAUGGACAGCCCCCUCCUCAAGUACAGCGCCAAGGACUACUUCUUCAAGGCGGCUCUCUGCCACUUCUGCAUCGACAUGCUCAAUGCCAAGCUGGCUGUCCAGAAGUAUGAGGAGCUGUUCCCUGCUUUCUCCGACUCCCGGGAAUGCAAGCUGGUGAAGAAAUUGCUAGAAGCCCAUGAAGAGCAGAAUGUAGACAGCUACACCGAGGCGGUGAAGGAGCACGACUCCAUCUCGCGGCUGGACCAGUGGCUCACCACCAUGCUGCUGCGCAUCAAGAAGACCAUCCAGGGCGACGAGGAGGACCUGCGCUAGGCCCGCAGCCCUGGCUCCUGUCCCCACUGCUCUCCCUGGGCUCUGGGACUCCCCAGCGAGGGGCGGGGCCUCCCCUCCCCUUCCCACCAGGGCUUCCCGCAGAGCAGAGCGGGCAGGGUGCCGGCUCCACGCAGCUUCCGGGGUGCCAGGGGCCAGGGCUUCCUGGCUAGGAACUCAUCCUCUGUUCCUGCUGCGUUCCUCACCCCCUGUCCCUUUAUUUAAGCCCCCGAUGGUGCCCUUCUGCACCCUCAAACAACCAGCUGUACAGAAUCUUUGGGAAAGACCUGUGCUGUGGGUGCUGCUGGGGGUUUGGGUCCCGUGUCAGCCUCUGGUCUCUCAUCACCACCAGCCUGGCCUUCCUCGCUGUGUGGAACAGAGCUGGGGGAGGCAGGCACCAUGUCUCGGCUGGUUUCUGGCCCCGGGUUUUCCCCCAGCCAACCCUGAGCACAUGUAGCCACUGAGAUUUGCUGUCACCGCUGGGGCUGGGCCCUUUAGCACAGGGAGCUCCCCAGCCCCCCACAGCCCCAACCUCUCGGGUUAGAGCCCCGGGCCCUGGAGCCGAGAGUUCCCGUGCGUGCCCCGUGUCUGCUCUUUCCCUAAUGCUUUGAGGUUCUGUCAGUCGGAAGCUGUAGCUGGCCCAAGAGAGAAAAUAAAAAACAACACUUUUG